UCAUCGGAACCAAGCAGGGUAACAUCCACCGGAAGUUAAACAAACCCAAGCCAAAACGUUAGCCAUCUCGAAUCGCCUUGCUUAGUCAAAACAACAGUCCCGUUUACCAUGUCGGUGACGCAAACGACCACGUCCAAAUUCCACCACUUGAGGACGUUUGUCAACGAGCGACUGACUGCCGCCGCUGAAGAAAUAUUUGGUGUUUUUGAGAAAACAAUCGUCGCCUACGAAGAAGAGAUGGACCGUCAGCGCAAGCUUCUGGACGUGGUCUGCAAACCCGCCGGUCAUUCACACAUAACAGAAUCCCUAGAGGGAGGAUUGUGCACGCAGGACAGCAUCACCAGUGUGGAGCAGGAGCAGCAAGAGCUUUCGCACAUUAAAGUGGAACAAGAGGAGCAUUUCUCCAACUGUGCGGUCUGGCCGCUGGGUUUGAACUGUGACCUGAAUGAAAGCGAAGCGGAUAAAGACGCCACCAAUGAUGUGGAAAAUGGCGACUUUGACACCUUGGAGCUGAGCAACGAUAAUCAAAUCGUCUUCCGUGGCUAUUAUCCAGAAAACAGCCCAGAAUACCUAAACGCAAACAUAGCAUCUACAUCCACUCGGAAUAUCAAGACGGAACAUCACGACCAGGAGGACGGGACGUAUAACAUGGAGAACGCCAUGUCAGCCAUCAACUCUCAGGUGCAACUCUUUGAGCAGCCUUUUCACGGCAGUGUCUUCCACACCGAUUCGGACGUGUACGCGCAGGCCAAGCCUUUCGUUUGCGACGUCUGCGGAAAGGGAUUCGGCUUCAAGCGUUACCUGGCGCAGCACAUGAUCACCCACUCGGCGGAGAAGCCGUACUCGUGCGGCAGGUGUCGCAAGACCUUCCGGCGCAUGCAAGGGCUGCAGAUACACAUGCGGUGUCACACGGGCGAGAAGCCGUAUUUCUGCAAAACAUGCGGGAAGAGAUUCUGCCAGAGCUCCUCGCUCAGGGUUCAUCUGAGAGUCCACACGGGCGAGAAGCCGUACUCGUGCACCACGUGCGGGAUCGGAUUCAGUAGCCUGCCGGUGCUUAGGAACCACAUGGUGAGGGUGCACGAAGGCAACAUGCUGUACGUCGCCUCAUCCGGGGAGAGGAACUCUGUUGUGUGGCCCAAUUGAAGUGUCAUGACACCUGUGACACCUGUUCAUGUUUGGCAGUAUCUUUAUCCAGGUACAGUCAAACCUCGGUUUUUGAACGUCUCUCAAGCUUGGCGUUGAUAGAACACAUGAUUGGAAAGACUAUUUUUGACUUGGCUUCCACUUUUAAGCAAGCUUGACUUUCUCAAAGAGUGUCACUAGUGCCUAUUAAAUAGGCUAAAACUAACAAAUGGAAGCAGAAAAAAAGACGUCAAUAGGUGAAUUUGUUAGGCUGGCAUAAUUUAGGGGAUUACUUUGGCUGAUUUUUUUUUUAAAGGCAUUGUCUGAUCCCCGCCCCAAAAUACCAAUAAUCCAGAAAGUAUAUACUGUGUUGCAUAUUGUAAAUUUCCCCAGUGUGGGACGAAUAAAGGAUAUCUCAUAUUUAUUUUCGGGGCAGCACGAUGUGGUAGUGUUUGAGUCUCAGCCCCGGCUUUCCAAUGUGAAGAUUGCAUGUUCUGUGUUUUUUUUUUUUUUUCCCUCUUCAGGUAGUCAGACUUCCUCCCACAUUCCCAACAUGUGCGUGUUAGAUUAAUAGAAGACUCCAAAAGUCUCAGUUCGGUAUCCAAUCUGAUUUGUGUAAACAGGAAGAGAUAUUGCCAUCACAAAUAAAACAUUACUGCUUGCUUGCUAGCUAGCUAGCUGUUUAGCUAGCUAGCUGUCUAUCUAUCUAUCUAUCUAUCUAUCUAUCUAUCUAUCUAUCUAUCUAUC